AAUGAGUAGGUGUAUCCUAACUUUUGACUGGUACUGUACAUGUGAUGACAUAAGCAUUUAUCGGGGACCACUUUUGGCUACUUUCAGAACUACUGGCUAAAAAGUAAUAUACAAAAGUACUGGAGAAUCUUUCUAAACUGACCAGGGUUGUAAUUACACCUGUCAUCGAUGUAUUUGUGAUAGACCGUAAUUUCCAACCACUGCAGUUUUUUAAAUGCUUUAGUCUGACCUGGAGGUGAGGUUGUUGACCUGAUGUAGCCUAUGUGCCAUUUCUGUUUUAAAUGCAGCUACCAAUCCAAAUGUGUUGAAGCCGGUUUAGGAUAAUACUUUGUGUAACGGUUGAAUGGUGUUCAAGGUUAGUCAGGAUUUAAAAAAUUAUAAUAAAUGAAUAAAAACGGGUACCAUCGCGCUCUACCAUAAUCCCGAUAGUCUUAGUUUCUAAAGUCAGGCUUUUGGCAUAAGUUCAUGUCAGCCUGACCAACUUUUCCAUUGUCCCUCAAAUUUAAUUGCGCUUUUGUUGGCAUUUGAGUUAAACUAUUUAGCCUGCUUAUAGUGGAAAUUCAUAAUUUUUAUGUUAGCUUUGGUUUCGCUGCAUGUUUUAAGGUGACAUUAUUUUAGGUGCAAAAAAAGUCUGAAAUCACAAAUGCUCAUAUUCCAGCCAUCUUUCUAAGCGAUACAAAAUUAAUCUGUACAGGCGCAGUCUGGUUGAAAGGCCCUGUGUGUGUGUUAAAGCUAACAUAUUAAGGAAUAAGGACACAAGCUUUUAAUCGAUGAUUAAAACGCCAAUGCAAGCCUGUCCAAUUUCAGUGUUCUCCUCGGUCAGUUAGAUUUUCUUAGCUAUUUUGUUGCUUAGAGGGAAGAAUAAGGCUGGUCUUUGUAUUGUGUUCAGGGGUAGCCUAGUCAAACAGAGUUACGGAAAAACCAAUUGGGUUGAGCUGUCUUUUUACCUCUUCCAGGAGUUGAGUUGUUUACCUAUGAGUCAUACAAGGAGGCGGAGCCUGUCUCCCUCUGGACUGGAAUGUACUAUAGGCCUAGGCAUUGCAUAUUUCCUCUGUAAAGCACCUUUAUGGGAGGAGAGGGUGGAGUUAAAGAUGGAGAAGGUUUAGCCACUAGCCAGCCAAAACAGGGAACUACUGUGCACUCUAAUGUGAAACACACACUAAGCCUGGGUUUUUUACUCUAACUGGGUCAAUCAGAGCAUAUCAAUUAGGCAAAAUAAAUGUUGGCUACUUUGACACAAAUACAAUAGCUCUACGUUAUUCCAUUGGCUGUUGGUUGAAACACGGUGCUUGCUUGCACCACCAAAGUAGUGGAUUAGAUUCUUUCAUUAGCCAUAUACUGAACAAUUAACAGUACUAAAAGAUGUAGACUGCGUUGGGAAACGACCUUGGCAAAAAAUGACGUUACUAACUGUUUCCCAGGCUCCCAAUCUUAACCUUACAAGAAGCCAUUUACAUGUAGCUGUACACAACUGCAAAGCCACCUCCUACUCCCUCACACGUCGCUUCAUGGGGGAGGCCAUUGGACCGCUGGCUUUUUUUCUUUUUUUUAACCAAUGUUUAUUUUAAGACUCAACUCUCUCCCCGGAGUGAGAUUAGGUCCCAUUCUUGUCUCCUGUGACCUCACAGAGCGCGAGGCUAAGCAGGAUUUUGUUGUCCCUCAGACGGUUUGUGUGUGUGUGUGUGUGUCUGUCUGUCUGUGAGAUUGGGAAGGGUUGGACAGAGAGAGUAUGUGUCCAACUUACUUUUGCUUUUGAGUCACCCAGACAUGUUGCUGUUGUAGAGGAUGACUGUUUUUAGAAAAGAGAGAACUUUACUUAUGUUAUUGUGAUGAGAGGAAGAACAAAGCAGAACUUCAAAACAUGCAUGGACGGGCUUCUGUUGCAGAUGUGAUGGAGACAAUGUUGAUGGAAAUUGAUGAUGUGAUGGGUGAUGCCAGGGGCCAGCUGGUGUCGGAGCGGCUGGGCCUGGGCCACAAUCUGGACCUGUCGGACACCAUGGUGCAGCAGAAGCUGGACGAGAUCAAGGAGCAGAUCCGCCGCGAGAUUCGCAAGGAGCUGAAAAUCAAGGAGGGCGCGGAGAACCUGCGCAAGGUCACCACAGACAAGAAGAGCCUGGCCUACGUGGACAACAUGCUGAAGAAGUCCAACAAGAAGGUGGAGGAGCUCCACCAGGAGCUCCAGGAGCUCAAUGCCCACAUCGUGGUCAAGGACCCCGAUGAACUGCUAGAGUGCCCUUUGACCCCGGACACCCCGGCCAGUGAGAUAAGGAUGUGCACCAGCAGCAGCCGCCUGGCCGCCCUGAAGAAGCAGAACGACAUUGAGCUAAAGGUCAAGCAGGGGGCGGAGAACAUGAUCCAGAUGUACUCCAAUGGCUCCUCCAAGGACCGGAAAUUGUUAGCGACUGCUCAACAGAUGCUCCAGGACAGCAAAACAAAGAUCGAGUUCAUCAGGAUGCAGAUCCUCAAAGGCAGCCAGGCCAGCGAGUUGAGCUUUGACAACAACGACGUCAUGGCCAAGCCAAUCAUCAGCCCGUUGGACCUACGGGUGGAGGAGCUGUGUCACCACGCCAGGAUAGAGUCAGCCGUGGCCGAGGGUGCCAAGAAUGUCAUGAAGCUCCUGGGCUCUGGCAAGGUCACAGAGAAGAGGGCACACUCAGAGGCCCAGGCCCGCUUCAACGAGUCCAGUCAGAAGCUGGACCUGCUCAAGUACUCCCUGGAGGAGAGGCUGAGCGAGCUGCCCAAAAACCACCCUCGCAGCAGCAGCAUAGUGGAGGAGCUGUCCCUUAUGGCCUCGCCCACCCUCAGCCCGCGCUCCAGCAUCAUCUCCACCCAGAACCAGUACAGUACCGUGGCCAAGCCCGCCGCGCUCACAGGCACAUUAGACGUCAGACUCAUGGGCUGCCAGGACCUGCUUGAGAACGUUCCAGGUCGUUCAAAAGCCGGUUCCGUGCCACUGCCUGGCUGGAGCCCCAGCGAGACCCGCUCCUCCUUCAUGAGCCGGGGGAACCGCAACCGAGGCGCCAGUGCACGGAACCUCUCCAAGAGUGAAGAUCUCUCUUAUGAGAUCAGUGCUGUGCUGAAGUUGGACAACACAGUGGUGGGACAGACCAGCUGGAGACCUGUCAGUAACCAGUCAUGGGAUCAGAAGUUUACACUGGAGCUAGACAGGUCUCGUGAGCUGGAGAUCUCGGUGUACUGGAGAGACUGGCGCUCGCUUUGUGCCGUCAAGUUCCUGCGACUGGAGGACUUCCUGGACAACCAGCGUCACGGCAUGUGUCUCUACCUGGAGCCCCAGGGAACCCUGUUUGCAGAGGUCACAUUUUUCAACCCUGUCAUUGAGAGGCGACCCAAACUGCAGAGACAAAAAAAGAUAUUCUCAAAGCAGCAAGGGAAGACGUUCCUGCGUGCUCCUCAGAUGAACAUCAACAUCGCCACCUGGGGCCGCCUGGUCAGAAGGGCCAUACCUACAGUCAGCACUAACUCCUACAGCCCACAGGUGCCUGAGAUCGGGCCCAGCAGUCUUCCGGGAUCUCCAACACCCACCAGUGACAUUAGUGACCCGUUGGUGACCAAGCUGGACUUUGACAAAGAGCCCACCUCAGGACCCAAGCACUACCCUUUACCCGUUGGCAUCAGAGAACCACUGGUACAGGACAACAAACUGCCCGACAAGGAGGAAGUACAGGAUGCACUGGCAUCGUUUGACUUCUUGAACAAGAGGAACAGCAUAGCGGUGAAGUCGUCAGACCUUGACAGGCGAGACAAUGUAGUAGAGCCGGAGAUCCAGCCUCCAGACCUGGAGCUCACAGCCAUACAGAAUGACACAGAGAUAAGGGAAGAAGAGCAAUUUCAGUUUAGUCUCAAAGACUUCAAAUGUGUUGCAGUCCUUGGUCGUGGUCAUUUCGGAAAGGUAUUGUUAGCCGAGUAUAAAAGCACGGGAGAGAUGUUUGCCAUCAAAGCCCUGAAGAAAGGAGACAUUGUGGCUCGUGACGAGGUGGACAGUCUGAUGUGUGAGAAACGUAUCUUUGAGACGGUGAACAGCGUGCGCCAUCCGUUCCUGGUCAACCUCUUCGCCUGCUUCCAGACGCAGGAGCACGUGUGCUUCGUCAUGGAGUACGCAGCCGGGGGAGACCUGAUGAUGCACAUCCACGCUGACGUCUUCUCCGAGCCCAGGGCCAUAUUUUAUGCAGCUUGUGUCGUAUUGGGAUUACAGUUUUUACAUGAACAUGAGAUUGUGUACAGAGAUCUGAAGCUUGACAAUCUGCUAUUGGACACUGAGGGCUAUGUAAAAAUCGCUGACUUUGGCCUUUGCAAAGAGGGAAUGGGGUUCAGGGACCGCACCAGUACGUUCUGUGGCACGCCAGAGUUCCUGGCCCCCGAGGUUCUGACGGAGACGUCGUACACGCGUGCUGUGGACUGGUGGGGUCUGGGGGUCCUCAUCUUUGAGAUGCUGGUUGGAGAGUCUCCCUUCCCCGGGGAUGAUGAAGAGGAGGUGUUUGACAGCAUCGUCAACGAUGAAGUCCGCUACCCAAGGUUCCUCUCAACGGAGGCUAUCUCCGUCAUGAGAAGGCUUUUGAGGAGGAGUCCAGAAAGACGUCUGGGGGCAGGAGAGCGAGACGCAGAGGAAGUCAAAAAACAUCUGUUCUUCAGAAAUAUGGAUUGGAACGGACUACUGGCCAAGAAGGUUAAGCCUCCAUUUGUCCCGAUCAUCCAGGACUCCAACGACGUCAGCAACUUCGAUGACGAAUUUACCUCAGAAGCGCCCAUCCUGACCCCACCCAGAGAACCAAGGGCGCUCAGCGGGGACGAGCAGGACAUGUUCUCUGACUUUGACUACAUCGCCGACUGGUGUUAGCCCCCCCUUCUCCCUCCUCCUCCAAAUGUGUUGAACAAACACACACUGUGAACCAACCAACACAGCGCUGACUGACUGUAGCUCACCAUUUUUAAAACGCCUCUUUUCCAAACCAACGUAGCAAGACAGGGGAACAAACGGCACUCUGCCAUUUAAAGACCCCCCCCCCCCCGCUCCCACAACUGAACCCCCGAGGGUAUUCUUUAACAGAAAGAGAACAACAUUUCUCUUCUCUUUAGAAACUUUGGGGGGGAAAAGAGGAGGAGUGAGGCCUCCAGCGCAGGUCGUGUCUAUUGUCUGACCACUGAGAAUGUUGUCAAGUGAACUCUGUCAAAGGAAAUGCCGGCAAUGUAACCGUGAUAUUGAAUAACAUGAUUGUUCCGUUUUUUUGAUCAUGUACAGAAUAGUAUUCCUCUGUGUUUUUAACAAGUCAUUUCGCAAACCCACUGCCAUAACUAAAUGACUUAUCUCUCUGUAAGGGUUAACAUGUAUGCCAUGUUGUAUUACGAAUUAUGAGCGCUUUGAGCAUUUUUAUCACUGAACCGUCACUUAAGGUUAAAGACAACAAACAUCUUGACUACUACUGCCUCGUCACUUGAAACCCAAGGAAGGUCUCCUUUUUAGUUUAUCCUGGUCUCUCUGCUCCAGUUGUUUAUUUUUAUUUUUUAAAGAUGCCUUAAAAUCUUCCUGUUUCUACCAAAGCGUAGAGCUAUGUCUAAGAACAGAGCCCAGAAAAAAGUUAUUUUUAAACGGAUGAUCAUUACACAAAAGCAGUGCAUCCAGUGUUAGUCCUCGUGGUAUUACAGAAACUCUGUCCCUCAUGUACUGUGCCCAUGCCAGUUUCACAUGAGCUUUAACUGUAUCGUUUUAAUGGGUUUCUUUAUGUAGUGCUGUAUGGUUGUUGAAAUACAGUAUCCUUAUUGCGGUAGAACAGUUUUAGACUACACAGCAUACCACACAUCAACGGAGACGGCACCGUUUUAAACGUGGUCAUUUGUAAGGAGCGCGCGCACACUACGGAGACCUAUCCUGACAUGGCUCCUUCUGGUGGAUUUCUAGCACCAAAAAGCAGUGGCCAUAUGUAUCAAGCGUCUCGGAGAAAAGUGCCGAUUUAGGAUCAGUUUUGCCUUUUGGAUUACAAAUAAUUUUAUAUGGACAAGGGGACCUGAUCCAGAAUCAGCACUCCUACUCUGAGACCCUUGAUGUAUACGGCCCCAGAUCUAAUUCUUGAGGGGUAACAAUGCAUUCAGCUAGCAAUGUUGUACUCUUGAGGGUAGAAUCAAUUCCUCUAGCAUUUCUAACAGAGUUCGUCAGUUCCAGUCCAAUCGAAUUGAAGCUGAGAGUGAAUUUAGUAUUUCUGUUGACUUUCCAUUCACUCCCCGAAUUGACUGAGUUGAAAUGGAAUUGAUCCCAACCUCGAUACUGCAAUCAUUCUCUUAACUGAAGAAGAUACAAGAGCAAGGAGAUCUCACAGGCUGCAAUGAUUGGACAUGGUCAAAUGGUGGAUCUGAAGUGACUGAUACAGUACAGCUGAUUACCAAAACCCAUCCCUCCAGUCCUGACAGUGGGACUAUGGAAAAGCGUGAUGAGUGAAGUUGCCUCUUGGUUAAAGUUAGGAUUGGGUAAGUGGAACCUAAUCCUAGGGGAAACUUUUACUCUGGAGUGUAAACUAAACUCAGUGCCAGUUUGUGCAGACAAUAUGUAAAUGAAUCACUACAAGGGAGGGCAGGGUAUAUUUUAUAUAUAUAUAUAUAUAUAUAUGUACACACAAUUAAGCUGAAAGUACUAAUUUUAUCAAGAUAUUUUUUAAUUAUCUAUGUUUAGCGUAAUUAUGAAAAAAGAUUGUACAGUUUUUUGGGGGGAGUGCUGUUUGAGCAUGUUACAAACAUACAACCUUUUUUUAAUGGUACACCACAUUGAAGUUACACAAGACUGUUGAACCUGGUGUAUAGAAGCAUUUUGCAGUCGUCGUUUGUCGCCUAUCAUGAAUGCACAAAUUAAACGUUGUUAGUGGUGCUA